AGGGCAUUUCCGGUUUCCGUGUUUACGCAUCCUGGACCUAAAGACGCACGAGCGCGAGGCAUCUGACAUUUACUAAGCAAAGACGAGAGGACCUGAAGGAUGGCUGGCACUUUAUCAGCAGAGGAAGAGCAGGCCACAAAGCAGUUCCUGGAGGAGAUCAACAAGUGGACAAGUCAACAUGGAGUCUCUCCGCUGACCUGGGACGUGGCUGUAAAGUUCCUCAUGGCACGAAAGUUUGAUGUCCUUCGGGCCAUAGAGCUCUUCCACAGCUACAGGGAGACACGUUUGAGGGAGGGCAUCGUCAAGCUACAGCCCCAGGAAGAGCCGCUACGUUCUGAGCUCCUUAGCGGAAAGUUCACUAUCUUGGGAGUAAGGGACCCCUCAGGUGCCUCCAUUGCUCUGUACACAGCUAAGCUGCACCACCCGAAUAAAACAGGCAACCACGUGGUGCUCCAGGCUCUGUUCUACCUGCUAGACAGAGCGGUCGAGAGUUUCGAGACGCAGAGGAACGGUCUGGUCUUCAUCUACGACAUGGCCGGAUCGAACUACACCAACUUCGAGCUGGACCUGAGCAAGAAGAUCCUCAACCUGCUCAAGGGUGCGUUUCCUGCUCGGCUGAAGAAAGUGUUCAUAGUCGGCGCCCCCGUUUGGUUCCGAGUGCCCUACAACCUCCUGAGCCUGCUGCUGAAGGAGAAACUCAGAGAGCGGGUCCAGAUAGUGAAGAUGACCGAUCUACGGCAGCACCUUCCCAGGUCCUGCUUGCCUGAGCACCUGGGUGGCUGCUUGCCUCUGGACGUCCACGGCUGGAACCAGCGUCUGCUGACGGAGCAGAACGGCCAUGUGGAUCCUGUCGAUGAGCUGCUGGGCAUCCCAGUGGCAACCUCUGUGAUUCACGUACCAGGCACAGAUGCUAUGCGUCUCCUUGAGUUCACAGCUCACUUGGCUCGGGCACAGCGAUGUGGAAUUUACCACGAGUAUGAAGAGCUCCGUAAAGAGCCGCCAUCCGGAACCUUUCACUGUGCAUUGGCUGCUUGCAACCAGGAGAAGAAUCGUUAUGGUGAUGUUCCGUGUCUGGAUCAAACACGUGUACGUUUGAAAGCCAGAAUGAAUGAGAAAUCAGACUACAUCAACGCCAGCUUCAUGGACGGCUACAAGCAGAGGAACGCGUACAUUGGGACUCAAGGGCCUCUGGAGAAAACCUAUGAUGAUUUUUGGAGAAUGGUGUGGGAGCAAAACGUGCUAGUCAUCGUCAUGACGACAAGGACAGACGAAGGUGGCAGGAGGAAGUGUGGACAGUACUGGCCUCUACAGGAAGGAGGACAGGAAGUUUAUGGACACAUAGCUGUGGUCAACCAGAGAGUGGACAACCAUUCCCACUACAAUCAGACCAUUCUAGAGCUACAUAACACAGAGACAUGUGAACAGCGACAGGUGAGCCACUUUCAGUUUCUCAGCUGGCCCGACUACGGAGUUCCCUCCUCAGCACUCUCACUGCUCGACUUCCUGAGUACGGUGAAGAGGCAGCAGAAGAGGGCAGUGAAGGCUCUGGGUACACAGUGGAGAGGUCAUCCUCUCGGGCCACCGAUGGUUGUCCACUGCAGCGCAGGAAUCGGCAGGACUGGUACGUUUUGUGCUUUGGACAUCUGCCUGUCACAGCUGCAGGAUGUCGGGACGCUGAACGUAUGCCAGACGGUGAGGCGCAUGAGAACGCAGCGCGCCUUCAGCAUCCAGACCCCCGAACAGUAUUAUUUCUGCCACACUGCCAUCCUUGAGUACGCCCAGCGUACAGACAGGCCGCCUCCAGCCAGCGAGGGACGUAGUGGCUCUGUCGGUGAUAGGAAUUUUUAAGAUGUUUGCCACGGACACCGUCACACCCCUCAACCGCCGCCGUCUCACCGCUAUGGUCACUCCAAGCACAGUGUAUUUUGACUCUUAUAAAAGUGCUGAUGUGGUUUUUUUUGUUUGUUUGUUUUUUUGUUUUGUUUUUUAAAAACUGCCACAGUCAUAGCGAACAUCUCUGCUGGAUCCAGCCCAAGACUCUGUGAGGUCAGGUUCAUUAGUAACGCUGUAUGGAUCCAAGACGUUCACGACGUGGUCUGAAUGCUGAUCGGUUCUUAAGAAGCAGUAAGCUGACUAAACUGAAUAGCGUUUAGUUUCUAAACAAACAAUGUCAAAAAUCACAUCACGUUUUCAUCCCGUCAACUUUCAAUCCGAUUAUUAAUAAGAAAGUAGAACAGAAAAUCGGCUUGCACAAGAAAAGUGUGUAAACUCCGUGGAUUCAAAUUUUUACUUAAGGAACCUGUGCUGAUUUAGUCCCCAUGCUUCAAAAGUACUCUUUUUUUUUUUUUUCUCCCCCCCCCCCCCCUUUCCUGACUACAAACUCACACUGGAUGCAGUGUAUUGGGUCUCCAGUCCUGUUAAGUAUCACACAGGCUGAAGUCUCAACCUUCAUUUUACUGUAUAACAUGUUCUAAUAUAUGUAGCACUGUUCACAGAUGGACUGCUUCCUAUGCUAACUCUAUAUACGUUGUAUACAUGGGGAUCGUUUUAGCUUUUAUAUUUAUAUCCUAAAAUAGCGUCACUGUACUUUGUCCAUAGGAAACGAAGGGCCUCAUUUAUCAAGCGUUUAGUAAAGUUGGAAUAUAAAUGUUUGUGUAAAGACAAACUGAUUUAAAAAAAUUCUGCCAGAUUUUAAAAUGUUUCAGAAACUAGAGUUUCAUCCAGUGACUCGAAUCUUUUUGGAGGCUGCAAUCAAAAGAUUCGGUUCACUGAUUCUUUCGGUGACCCCUGUUGGUGUAUUGUUGUUAGAAAGCGUGAUUGUCUACAAAUGUACUUGAAAAUUGGUCUUUAAAACUAUUUUCAUUGACCAGCACCUGAAAAGGCAGAAGUCUGGAACUAUAUUAUGGAAAUGGUGAAUUUGAGAUGAUGAGAACAUCUGAAAAUCUGUCUGUUGUACCCAGGUGAUCGUGGAAAACAAGCUGAACUCACAAGUAAUGUUUUUUUUUUGUUUGUUUUUUUCUUAAAUAAUUCAAAGCAAAGCGUCUUGUCGAGUUUGGAGAAAUCUCUCACAGAACAGCACAUCCUCCCUGAUGCCAUGAUGAAAAAGGAAAACAGGAAGCUCAUGAUUCACACACACGCACACAGACACACACACACACACCAGAUCAGUCACUUAGUACUGGCUCUAAACAAGUUUUUCACAGCAUUACAUUGAGAUGUUUGAAACUGACAGAAUAAAUCCACAUGGAAAAGUGCCAUAAUCCAUGCAAGUGAUCGACUCUGAAGCUGAUCAUCGUGAGGUUACUUCAGUUUCUUCACUUGCUUUAAGUUUCACGCUUUCGGUUAGGCGAGAGUAAGAAACGCUCCUUCGAACGCUUUACCGACCUCUAACUUGAUCAUUGAGGCCCAUAUGUUUAUACCACUGGAUUUGAGGAUGAAACAAAUUUUGCGUUUGUUUACUGAACACUUUCUCUUCCGUGAAGUUCAGGCAGCAAGUCGUCUAAACCUGAACGCGUCCGUUCUCUUUUUCUCCACUUCGUUUCAUGUCGUUGAUAGUUACUCUUUCUUGUUUUGUUUUAUUUUAUGUUUUCAUUUCUUCUAUUUAAAAAAAUGAGAAUAAAUACCAUCAUUUCAGUGAGCUUCAGAACAAUAUUCGGACCACUAUGCUUUGUUUUGGAUUUGCGGUGACAAAUUGCUGAGAUGACUACAGAACCAAACCAUUUGUUGGCUGUUUUUUUUUUUUCUCUUAACACAGACAUGUUCCACUUUUCUGCUGUAUUUCAUUUCAUUCUUUCAGGAUUAUUUCAGCAUCGUUACGUCCUGAUCCUGGUCGAUGUGUUCAGACUAUAAUAUCAGACCCUAAAUAUAGAUACAACAGGCUGCAAAUAAUGGCAUCAGAAAUAAAGUUUAAAAAAGAAAAAAAAACUCACCCUGCUGUACACCCAAUUAUCUUAACCCAUCUGGUGCACUUCUAAUUAAAGUAUGAAGUGUACAAAGUCUGAUGAUGUGGAAGAAAUCUGAAAUCACAGUCUAUAAAUGGGUAGAACAGUCUACACCUCAUGUUUCAUGUUCACAUUCUGCAUCCUGGAUAAAGUCUCUGCGUCUGUGUGUAAAUUUUGGAGCUCACUGUAUGAAACGUGAAGUGAAGGUGAAAAUGUGAAAGGUUUUAUGAUGUGACUGAUGAUGUAAAUACUGUAGCAGAUGAUACUCGGUAUUUUCAUUAUCUGAUGUCAAGCUUCAUUUUUGUCUUACAGUGUAGGGAGAGUUGAUGUCCUUUAUAAUUCUUUACAAAUAUUUAUAUACACACACACGAGAUCAGACAACCACUGUGUCGCCCUCCACCUUAAGCUUCUGUUCUGCUUCUUUAGGCCAGCUGACGUUAAAACAAAACCAAUUUGUAAAUGCUGUUGCUUGUAUUAUGAUGUAAAAAUGUCUCUUAGGUCUUGCAUCUCUGUAUAAGCGUUAGACAACACUUUCAGACAAGUGUUGGACUUCAGAGGGCUGGAACACCACGUACUUGUACACACAGCGGAGCAAAUGUUUUAUGCUGCGGUGGAGCUGUACAAAAAAAAAAAAGGACCAACGUGCAAAAUUAGACAGUGUUCCCUGUUAAUCGUGCAUUUGUCUGGUUUUAUAAUAUGAUGUAUUGUGCUCUGGGGUAUGUAAACCAUUGCUACUCAAUUCAUAUUGAAUUUGCUUGUCGUGAAGCGUCUCGUAAACACUUGUACGGAAGCGUCUGAAAGAGUUCUUCAAAAAAAUUAAUCUACUUUAUUUUUCUAUUAUACUCAACAAACUACUUCAUUUGCAAAUAGCUACUUUUAUAUAUCGUUUUUCCCCUUGUUCUGUAAUUCUGUAACUUAUCUGUUUGUAUGCUUUAGGGUCAUGUAAUCGUGUAAUCGAUAGUGCCAUGAUGUCCGCUUAUACACGUCGAACACGGAGUUAUGAGCAAGUACUUUUUGAUUUGUAGAUCGUGAUCGCUGUGCUGAAAUGUGUGGCGUGAAGUGGAUGCUUGUAAAAGAUGAAUUCCAAGUUACUGUUUAAAAGAAAGAAAGAAAUUAAAUAUAUCAUUAUCA